UUUCCUGAAGACCCAACUUAAAUAGAAAUGGGCAUAGACGUUGUUGAUGUUUUUGAUGAGAGUGUGGUUAAAUUUGUAGAAGCAUUGGUGAAAGAUGGAAGGUUUGGAAUCUGCGGCGGGAGUAUACGAAUAUUUGACUACAGUAAAGGUUCACCUGAGGGAGAACGGUACAAGUCCGACAGAUUUAAAAUGGUGCUUCCAUAUGCCGGACAGUCUAUAGUGUGGGAGAUUUUAUUUAAUGCUGUUACUCCGGAGCUGCCGCCAGAUUUUAUCUUCAAUGAGCAAGAGUUUUUCCCAGAUCCUGACAAGCUGGAGAGUCUAGGGAACUGGAACUCACAUAACCCAUCAGCAUUAUUAAGUGUUGUUCGGGAACUGCUGGAACAGUACAGAGAGUACCAAGUGUCUCUAAUUACAAAGGACUCACGCUUGCACUUUGAGUACCAAUCCCUGCUUGAGCGUUUUUGCAAGAAAGCAGAUGAGGUUGAGAUCCAUGUCACACCAAAAUUACCUGGCAAGACUGGACAAGUAAACUUCCUUAUCAAACUACCAGUUGAUUUUUCACGGAUUCCUCCUUCCCUUCUGGGGUCAUCUUUGCUGUUGCAGGACCAAAGCACUUGCAAAGAUUCUGCAGUGCUUCUUGUGCAGUUCACAUCAUCAGAGCCAAAACAGGCUACGCCGCAGCUGUUCCUAUCACCCGGGGUGGAGCGGGCACUUGCUGGGUCACAGGCCCUGCGAAUCCCAACUUUUCCGACUGGUGGAUGUCUGCACGAUUAUGUUGCCUCUGUCCGUGACCUUCUAAAUGCAACGGUAAAAAAGGUAGUACAGCGCUAUGAGAAAAGAAAAGAAUACAUGGCUGCAUUCCUAAUUCUGUUUGGAAGCUCAGUCUUGGAGUAUGAUAUCAUGCUGUUUGAUCGUCUAUCCAUGUUGUUUGAGUGGCACAACUUUAGUUUCAUAGUACAUGUGAACAUUCCAGAAAAGUUUCCAGCCAUGAAGCCAACGUUGACACUAGAGUCUGUAUAUCACGAGUUCAACAAGGAAAUAUUCUCGAUCUCGUAUGAUGAUUACCCAUAUAGUCCCCGCUGGCAUGGCACAGAGAUGGCCGAGCGAGCAAGGGAAUUCAUCCUCAAGACAGUGCCAGAGUUUCAGAAGUCGUCUGUGCGAAAAGGUCACCUCUAACCUCGUCUGCUCAUCUGUUAGGGGGCAUCUCAUAGACUCUUCAGACCACGAGAUAUUCAUUUCUUCUCCUAACCUGCUCAUGGAGGAACAAUUGAGUAAUAAUGGUGGCAUCCGUUAAGCACAAGUUAAAAAACAAUAGCGCAUCCUUGCGAGCAGAAAAACGAGACCAAUGGUCGUUUUUUGCUUUUCCAUGCUCCUUUAUGUAAAGACACUUACGUAAAUACUGAAUAAUUAUACUGGAUAAGGAAUAUAUUAAUCAGUAUAAUCAUGUUAAUGUAAUAGAAAUGUAAAGCCAAAGCUGUAUGACUCAUGUUUAAAGGUUUUUACAGCCUAUAUAUUCUGUAAAUAAACCAAAGGUAUAUUUUA